UUCCAGCAUCCACCUCUGCGCACUAGCGACCAGCACUUGAAAUGGCAGCAAACGGGUAAUAGACGAUUAUACGGUUUGUUCACCUUCGUCGUUAGCUAUAUCAACCAGAAAGCAUUCCGAUAAUGGACAUUGACCAGCGAGAAGAGAAUACAGUUCCAGACACUGCACCUGAGAACCUAGCACCAGUUCCUAAAAAGCCCGGCAAUAACAAUGACGGUGGUGUGGAAACUGCAGAGGAAGCCACUGAGCCUGCUGAGCCCAAUAUCGAUGAGCUCUGCAGGGACAUGUUUGACAAGAUGGCUGUAUUUCUGCAAGGAGAACUCACAGCUACUUGUGAAGACUACAAACUCCUGGAAAACAUGAACAAACUCACCAGUCUGAAAUACAUGGAAAUGAAAGACAUAUCUAUAAACAUCAGUCGCAACCUGCAGGAUCUUAAUCAGAAAUAUGCUAGCUUGCAGCCUUACCUGGACCAGAUCAACCAAAUUGAAGAGCAAGUGACGUCUCUGGAACAAGCAGCGUACAGGCUGGACACCUACUCCAAAAAGCUGGAGGCCAAGUUUAAGAAGCUGGAGAAGCGGUGAAAAGUGGGAAGGUCCAGCUGGGUGCCUUCCUUCGUCCUAAUGCAGUGCAAGACGACGUCUGGAGAAUGAUGAAGGGCAUUGAAAAUGAACUUUGGACCUAGCAAAUGAACAAAUGAACUAACACUGAACUGGACAAAAAUUUGACAUCCUCAAUGAUGCCUCAGUAGAUGGCUUUCUGAGAGUGCAAGGAAGCUGCUUCUAGAUUUGGUGAACUGCCGAUGUUGAACCGCAUGAAGUUCUACCGCAUCUUGCACCAGCUCGUCUUCGAGUCGGCACUUUUUUAAAACCACGUUCUUCACAAAUUGCAAUUGUCAAACUGCAUGUACCGUAGAUGCAUUGCUAACACACUAUUGCAAUAGCAGAAUGUUUGUGCCCUUUUUUGCCCUGGAGCAGAACCUCGUUAUCCAUAUGUUGUGUUUUGUGCCUGCUACCCUGCCAAUUGCUGUGCUUAAUCCAAUUUCUCAACUGAAUACGUUUUUCUGGACAAAUGAUUUGAAAUACUAAGAAAGUAAGUAGAAUUGGCCAUUUCCUAUGUUGACAGCAGAUUAAAGUGAUUCAUUUUUCUUAAACUCUGCGGAGAAUAAUUCUUAUAAAAAUUGAUACAGCGCAUUUUUAAAACUAAUAUAUUUUGUAUGCAUACCCUCAGAUAUAUGAAGCUUUUGUAUACAUUGGCGGCAACUAAUUGUGUAAUGAAUACCCAAAUUAUGUAAAACAUUAAAAGUGAGAUUUGUGUGCAUUCCUCAAUAUCAAUGAAAAAAAUAAAUGUGGUAGAUUUUUAACCAA